GCUCUUGGAGCUGUGCUGCCUAGUUACGGCGUCCAUUGAGAGUUGGGUGGGAGGUUAAUUUCUAUAGAAGCUUUCGUCAGUCCGGAAACGUAAGCGAAAGAAUGUUACUGUUUAAAAUGGAUUUUUCUUGGAGAACACUUCUGAUGCAUUUGAUCUUAAUGUUAACAUCAGACCUGAGCUUUGGUCAGUUGAGUCUCCAACCUUCUGGUAAGGCGCAUAAUUACUUUACCAACGAUAACUUCAUCAUAACCUGCUUAGUGGGUGAUGGGAAAACAGCGACCGAGAUGAAGUGGAUCGGGCCGUUUGGAGAUGACCUUGGUGCCAGUGAAGGAAGGAUUCAUGUCGAAACUCAAGAUAAUGCUCUUGGACUGGUUGUAGAAAGGGUAAAAGAAGAAGAGGCUGGCAAGUAUAUCUGCUCCGCUAUCAUUGAUGGCGAGGAGGUGACAACGUCAUUCAAUCUCGUAGUUCGUCCGGGCAUAACAUUCAUAGAGACAAAUCCAGUUCAGUACGCCACCGAAGGUAAAAACUUCACCCUCGUCUGCAAUGCCAGGGCCAAUUCUUCGCCUAUUCUCUCCUUCAGCUUUGGAAAUAAAUCAAUCGAACAAGGUUUGUUUGUAUAUUUUAUUGGGCAGUUGUAG